AUUCAUUUUGACAUCUAGGUUAUAGUGGGCAUGGUGUGUGUAUAGCUUGGUGCGAAUUAGGCCAUUCGUGGGCCAGUGUGAGCAUAUAUUUUAGGCAGUGUUUUUACCGAUUUUCUCGUUUGUGCGGGAAAGUAUGUGAUUUUGCGUUGGCGCAAACGCUCGUUGUAGUGUAAUAACUUUAAUUCGUUCUGAUAAAAGUGAAAUCAACCCAACUCUACUGUCAAAAUGGGUUCUGAAAAAGAAAAAAUGGAUAGAGUGGUGGAUGUACUGCGGUUUAUUGACCUGAUGGUUAGACAAAUGUGCCGAAGGGCUCAUUAUGAUCAUCUAACAAGAACCAAAGCUAGUAAAGAGGAUAAAGAUAGUAUAUAUUCCAUUGACCAUUUGAAGAAAGUUUAUGACAAACCUCGAGAAUCUAUUUAUCAUUUAAUUAAGAAUCCACAACGAACUUUAAAGGGUUUAAGAGUCGAAAAUCCGGGGCCAUUACCUAAAAAGGACAGCAACUUUACAAAAAUUGAACAAAAAAUGUUGCUAGACUUUGUCAAAAAAGUGCAAGAACAGGCUCCGAAAGUGCAUUUUGUAUGGGUGGAUUUACAGCAUUAUUUGUUCUAUGCGUAUAGAAACUUUGCUUGCCAAGUACCCAAGAUUACAUCUGAUACACUCUCAACAUAUUUCGUAUGUGAAAUGAGGGAAUUGAUUAAUUGUUUAAGAGAAGAUGAUGAAAGUCAGGUAUGGCUUAGAAUAUUUACUUUGUUAAGGGAGUAUUGUAUAUUUGCCCAAUGGCAUUAUAGUCAAAAUGACAAAGAGGAACCGCUUAAAAAAUUUUUUGACUAUUAUGAGGCAAUGUUGACUGCCGCCAAAACCUUAAUACCGGUAUUUACAGAUUUUGAAAGAGAUAUUAUUUAUAAGAAAUACCGUGUUUGUUGGAUCGACUUUAACACUUUUAUUUUCAUAAGAUUUUUUUAUGAAAGCGAUCGUGUUAAAACAAAAGUGGAUGAGUGUCUCAAGACUAAGAAGAGCGUAGGUGACACUCCUCAAACAUUCGUGUCAAUGACAAAGCUCAAAAGGACUUGGUCUGAACACGAAAAUAGGAUAACUGUUACCAAUCAGCAAAGAAAAUUAGCUGACAAUUCCCAAGAAGGAAUAAGGGAAAAACGAAUUUUAGCAGCUCAUAAAAAAUUACUUUCCGCUACGUUUUGGGUGGACCGAAAUAACGACGUGAAAAAAAUUGUUGACCUGGACAGAAUAGACGAUAAUCUCUUUGAUCUGCUUAAGGACAGGCAAUUUUUUCCAGAAGGUCCGGGUCUGAAUAAAAAUGGACAAUGUAUAUGUGAAGAAUGCCUAGUUGCCAAGUAUAAGAUUUAUUUAGAUUCAAAUGAAGAUUUCUCGUUUAUUGCUACGGAAGAACGAACAACAUAUUGUAGAAGGUGUAAAUGUAUUCUUAAUCUCGAGCAAUUUCAGGACCAUGUCAACGAUCAUCUCGAAGAUUUGAGCGCUGUUGAAAAAGAAGUAUUGAAACCUUCCAGUGUAUGUCGCGUGAUAUCGGAAAAAAAUGACUUAAAAAUGAACGAUAAUUCAAUACUACUUAGUGAAAUGCUUAGCGAAAAACUUAAAAUAUCAAAUGGGGACUUUGUAAAUACUACAGACACUGGAAAAUUGAAGAACAAUGAUUCAUUGUGUUCGAAAACGGCUUUUGAGAAGUUUAUACAAAGCAGAAAAGAAAAGAUUAUUGAUAAGGUGAAAAACGGUCGAAUUCCGAGCCUAAGAGACGAAUUGCUAGCGAAUGGGUUUGGCAAAUCUUUGAAGGAUGAAGCUGAUAAACCAACAUCACCUAGUAUUACUGCUGAAAAGUUAGCAGAAACUGAAGAGUUACUGCGUCAAAUACGUAUAAAUGGUCAUCGACCGGGGAAGAGAAAUGCGUCUGAGCCAGCUGGUAAUAAAGGGGCAGCUCCUACAGUUUGUCCAACUGCGCCCGAGAUCGUCGAGCCACAAAAAAAAUGCAGCUGUACUUAUUGUGAGGUUUUCGGCAUCCAAAAAGUUGUCGAACCUAGAGAGAAAUUGAGAGUGAGAUUGUUCCGAAGGAAAGAAAAGAAAAGGGAAAGUGAGAUCAACCAAAAAUCUUUCGAUCGAGAAAAUUCUAAAUUUAAAUUAGAAACUCGGGUACCUAUGCCUCCAUCUCCUUCAAAUUUUCCCGCUUCCCCUCCAGAUCUCGAUCCUGUGUCUGUAGGUAAGAUGAAUGAAAUUAGAGGCCUGGUAAAUUAUAUCGAAGGAAACCCUGCUAAAAGCAAAGCAGACCUAGCCCAGAAAAAGGCUGCAAAGAAAGCUAGGCAACGGGAGAAAAAAGAACAAGAAAAACUACAAGUGGAAUUGGAGAAGAAGCGAAAACUUGAGGAAAUGGCGCGGCAGGAACAUGAAAGGAAGAUGGAACUGAAAAGAGAAAAGGAACGAUUAGAAGAACAAAAAAAGCUUGAAGAGGCUCAGUUGAAAAAGAAACUGAAAAAACAGCGACAGGCUAAGAAGCGCGAAAGCUUGGUUUUGCAGAAAACUACAAUUGAAGAAACAAUUCCUGCUAUGGUGACCAUAAAACGGGUUCCUGGUGGUAUGAAUGGUACCCCAUUGGUUACCAUUACUCUUAAGGGUUGUACACCUGAUCAAGAUAAGCUGUUAACGACUCUUGUGGAGGAGCCUGUAAUAGACGAAUAUUGUAAAACGGCCAAAAUGGAAAAUAAAAUUGUUGAUGUUAAAGGAAAUAAGAAGAAAAAGAAUGGGAUUCAUUCCAGCAAUAAAAAUGUCGAGGUUCCAAACGAGGCAAAAAUUAUAGCCAAAGAUGUUAAAGUGACUUUAGCUGUCGACAAAACUUCUAUAUCCUCCUUACCAAAUGGUUUUGAGGACAUAGAAGUGAAACGACCGAAGCCAAGAGCGACGAAAAGAGAACGUGAACCUACCGACGAUGAAAUUAGAUCUUUGGGAAAUCUUAGAUUGCCUCCAGGAAUAACAAUCACUAAAGUGGAAGGUCCAGUGGCAAAUAAAAGCUACCAUAUUCCGAUUGCGAAUCAAAUAGCGGAUUCAAAUAAAGAUAGUUCAGUAUUAGGAAAAUCUGGUGUAAUAGUAGUAGAUACAGAAAAAUUGAUUCAAAAGACAAAGAAUGACGAUAGUUCAAAGGUAUCCAAAACGAGUAAGAAGAAAAAGAAGAAAAAUAAAAAAACGGAUGUUCAACCGAAUGAAUCAAAAGAAAAACCGAGAAUGGUUACUUUAAGAAACCCAAUGUUUCAGCAAUUCCAGAGUCAACAUCUUAUGAAAAAUACAAUUUCAGUUGACGAGUCAGCUCCUGCGGCAAUAUUUAAGACCGAAAACGGGAUGGUUACUAUUAGAAGCUCAAGAUUACAGCAAUCCUUAGAGUGCAACAUGGACAGGAUUGUAAAUUCUAAACCAUUAGAAAUGCCAUUUAUCCCAAAUAUGACAAAUUUUAUCAAUUCGAACAAUUUCAAUACGACUGGAGAAAUUAGUGUUGCUGACAACGUUAAAGAUGAAGCGACAGUAACACCUUUAGAUGCCCAAGAAAUUUUAUCUGGUUUACCUGGUAUUCAAAUAACAAAAAUUGAUAAAAACGACGGCAACUUUGAUGAUAAUAUGGAUAUUGAUACUUCACAUCAUGAUGCUCAAGUAUCAAUUAUUCCAUCUAAUGGAAAUGAUUUCGAUCUAGAAUUUGAUAAGGAUGAUGACUGGUUAUAUGAUAAUGUUUUUAAGCCACGAGAUGUAUUAGAAGAUGAUAUGGACGAUGAAGAGUUGGAACUUGAGGCUUUUAAACGAUUUUGCCACCAAUCAGUUCCCCCCAAAGAGAAAAAAGUUGCUCACUUUAAUGUUGCCGAUAUUGUUUUAAAAAAGAAACUGGCAUAACUUAGGCCGCUAAUUAAAUGUGCGUAAACGUGUAUACGUUAUUCUAGCUGUAUGUGGUUACAAUUUUUUUUAAAACUUCCCUUUACCGCACAUUUUGUUUUCUUAAUGCAUACUUUUGAUGUUGUGAUACGUUAUUUUCAUUGCUAAGUAUUCUAAAAGCAUUUUAUAAAAUCUUUAAGUAAAUAAAAUUGAUGUUCAAUCCAG